AUUUCUGGGAUUGCAAGAUAGUAGUGUAUGAAUGGACAGGAAAGUGUAGGAGUUGCCAAGGCUCAGGAUAUGCUAGUUAUUAUAAUAAAAGAGGGAAGAAAAAUGUUUGCAAAUGCAUACCUUGCCAAGGAAUCGAUGGAACAGGAAGAAUACACGAAGAAGAAAUCAAUUGGAGCUACAUUGAGUUUGUUGAUAACCAAGAUGUGCUGGAUUUGAUUGAAAAUAAACCUGGAGGAGUAAUUUCCCUCUUGGAUGAAGCCUGUAUGUUUCCUAAAUCCACACAUGAGACGUUCGCUCAGAAGUUAUACCAGACAUUCAAAAACAACAAGCGGUUUAUCAAACCUAAGCUUUCUCGAACUAGUUUUACCAUCUCUCACUACGCAGGAGAGGUGACUUAUCUAGCUGAUCAGUUCAUUGAUAAAAACAAAGAUUAUGUGGUGGCGGAACACCAGGAUCUAUUGACAGCCUCCAAAUGCCCUUUUGUGGCAGGGCUAUUUCCUCCACUUCCAGAGGAAUCAUCCAAGUCUUCAAAAUUUUCAUCCAUUGGAUCACGCUUCAAGUUACAACUUCAAUCUUUGAUGGAGACCUUGAACUCAAUGGAACCUCACUAUAUCAGAUGUGUGAAGCCAAACAAUGUCCUCAAGCCUGCUAUUUUUGAGAACUUCAACAUAAUACAACAAUUACGUUAUGGUGGUGUUCUUGAGGCGAUUAGGAUCAGCUGUGCUGGAUAUCCUACCAGACAUACAUUUUAUGAGUUUCUUAACCGCUUUGUGGUUCUUGCUCCUGAUGUUUUGGAAGGAAACUCUGACGACAAGGUUACAUGUCAAAUGAUCCUUGAUAAGAUGGGAUUGACUGGUUAUCAGGUAGGCAAGACAAAGGUCUUCCUAAGAGCUGGUUAGAUGGCCGAGUUGGAUGCUAGAAGAGCAGAGGUACUUGUAAAUGCAGCGAGAACCAUACAGAGGCAAAUUCGUACCCAUAUGGCACGCAAAGAGUUUGUUGCAAUACGUAAAGCUGCUAUUCAAUUACAAUCCUAUGUGCGAGGUGGCAUUGGGUGAAAAAAGUGCUUAUCUAACUUCCCAUCAUUCAUACAUACAUAAAGGAGAGGCAUCAAGGCAUUGGGGAGUGACAACGAAAGUAAAGGCUAUUGUUGAUGCAACUUCUGCUGGCAUCUUCAUUGUCAUCACAAAGUGUGUUCUUCAAGACUUGGUUGGUUUCAACAUUUUACUAAAUUUUGUUAGAAAACUAGUUCUGUUGAUGUAAUGACUUUGUUGGAUAUAUGGAUGAAUGUAUCGGAUUUUAACAUAAAUGAAUGUGUUUUGGAUGUGAUGUCA